AUGCCUUCUCUUCUCGAGGAUAACUGGAUCAAUGAUCAAAACCUUACCGCCCCGAUAACCCAGCUCGAAGAUACUUCCAUUGCCGUCGAUGCAUCCUACUAUCUCCAGCAGUUUCUCGAUUUUCCUCCGACCCACGAGCCCCUACUGCCUGCACUUGGUGGACUGACUGGUAUUGAGACACACAUCGAGGCCGAUCUUGACUCUUGGAAACAGAACAAUACAACGCCCUUCUUCAUCUUCAAUGGUCAGCCGGUCGAGGGCCAAGAUGCAGUGACGGUCCAGCGCGGAAAGACCGCCAUAGCCAAGACAGACGAGGCCUGGAACCUGUACUUUAGGGGCGAAGCGAACCAGGCUGUAUCGACCUUUGGCCAAGACAGACGAGCAUUCCCAAUCUCGAAUCUAUUCCCACUUCUGCAGCGUCUCUUGAAGAAGAGGGGCCUGCACUUCUUGGUCCCGCCUUUCAAUGCCUCGGCACAGCUCGCCUACUUUGAUAUGUUCGACUCGGAACAGUGCUCAGGUAUCCUGGGUUCGCAAGAACUGCUACUGUACCCGAUCAAGGACUACAUCAUCAAGUCUAUCGACUGGGAGGCUGGCUCAGUCAAGCUCACCUCAAAGAAACUGUUGACUCAGAGACUCAGCUGCAGCGAGUCUAUGCUCAUCGAUGCGCUGUUGAUGAUUGGCAACUCAUUCCUUCCCCCAUUUCCCCCACUACUCGAGAUCAGCGCACUGUACAGUGUCAACGAUGCUGCCAACAUGCUACGCACGGCUGAGAAAUCAGUCGCUAAUCUCUGCGGAUCUUUCAAUGAUGUUCUCAAGAGAACAGACCCGACUUGGCUGACCAAGUAUCGCAAAGCUCGAAUGAUGAUUGAGCAUUUCAUUGCCAUCGACGAAAACGGUUCCGUCCGGGUACACAACUUCGAUACGCUCACUCAGGACAAUUACGAAUAUCUCGGCUAUCAAUUGCCCGCCGAGCUCUUUCACUAUCUCAACACUGGCUUGAUUAGCGCUCGUUUGCCAGGCUGGAUCACGCACGGCCAAAUUAUGAUUCCUCCUACAUUGGAUGGAGUAACGUCUGAAGAGUAUAAGAAGCUAGUCACGACACAACUCAUUCAUGUGCGAGAGCAGACAUUGCGCCUCGUGCUCCCGCGUUUGAACAGAGGAAUCUCGUUUAAGCCAAUCUUCAUGAAGGUCUGGUACAAUGACAAAUACUCUCACACGAUCGAGCCGACUCGCAGCGUGAGCAAUCGUAUCCUGGAUCAAGUGAAAACCUGGAGUGUCAAUGAUGCCACUAUCAAGCAGUCUUUCCCGGACGCGGAGCAUGGCUCUAUUCGAUUUGAGCUCAAUGCCCUCAAGAAUGACAACUUUAUCAAGGAUACAGUGGCCAAGGAGAAGAAGGCAAGCAUCGAGUCUGCAGACUUGAUUACGUCAUUGACUAUCUGGCGUUUUCUACACAUUCGUGGCUAUGUAGACGAUGACCAUCAGCUCACUGCCUGGGGUGAGGCUCUGGUAGCGUCUUUGGACGCCUUGGCACCAACCAUCAAGGAAAAUCCCGACGACGGCCUUGCCGACUCGGUUCUUCUGGCAUUUGAGCUCUUGCGUUACGAACUGCUCAACACGCGCAACCAGCAUUCGGAGCUUAAUGGGCUCCCAAUGAACGGUAGCGAGGAGGACAAAGCAAGUCUACUUUUGAUCAGUAGAUGCGCAAUCCUGCUGAAGUUGCACCACGAGGCUAAUGGCUACACUGGCCCGCUGAGCAAGAACUUUUUGCACUAUCGAACAUUGAGUUCCUCGAUCCGAGAAGCAAACCGUGACCUGAUCGAAGGCAUCGUGACGUCAAUGUUGCUCUAUGCGGAGAGUCAGAAGGAGCGUGAAGAUUACUUGGAGAUCAGCCAACGGCUUCCAUUCCUGAUGGACAACGAUGUAGGUCUUGGCAUUGCUGUCAAGACAUAUCUCGACGAUGUCCACCCGUCGGAGUCGGCAGACCUCAGGCAGAAGAAACUGGAUGAGUUUCCUUCGAAGUAUGUGCCCUUUGCCACGAAUUUCUUCAAAGACUUGCAAGUGUCUUUCGCAUUCUUUGAUGCCCUGCAUGCCGGUAUCAAGACGCUCGGCGACAGCCAGGCAUCGAUUGAUCAAAAAGUAUGGGCACGAGCGGCCGAGUAUCUUCAAGCCCGGCGUUAA